AUAUUAAUGUUAAUGUAUAGUUUUUACUUUUAUUUAGUUGCUGUAACAGGCAGUGUUAUUUAGUUUUAUUAUAUUUUAAAAUGAACUGUGAUAAUAUAACAAAACAACUUGAAUAUGAUGAAUCUAACUCUGAGUCAUCAUUUGAAUUUAAUUUUGAUGAUGACAUUCAAGAUCCAGAUUAUACAGUUUUUGAAAAUGACGAUCUCGGUGGCAUACUGUGUUUAGAUUCUGAUCCAGAUGAUCAUUUUGAGCCACUUUCAACGACACCCUUAGGAUUAAUCAAUAUUAUAUCAGAAUCCAGUGAAGAUGAUCAACCUACAUCUAUUCGUAUUGGUCUGAAGGUAUUGGAUAUAAUUCUCUGCGUGACAAAACAAUUAUUGUUCCUCCUAGAACUACAGGCCCCGACUGUCACUGUCGUCAAAAAUGUUUUACUAAUGUAUCGGAUGACCAAAAAUUAAAUUUACUUGUAACAUUUAAUAAUAUAAGUGAUAAGAACAAACAAGAUACAUAUUUGGGUGGAUUAAUUAGGGUCAAACCUGUUAUUCGUCAAAGGAAAAGAGAUGGUAGUCGACCAAGUAAAAAAUGUUCUGUAAAAUAUGAGAUAAAAAGUGGUUUAAAUAUUAUCCCAGUUUGUAAGAAGGCGUUUUGUUCUCUUUUUGGAGUUGGAAAAUCCAGAAUAGAAAGAAUAAUAAAAAAUUUGAAGAACCAUGUUCCCAGCCCAGUGGAUAAACGUGGUAAGCAUCACAGUCGACCUAAUAAAAUACCUGACAAUAUAUGUUUCCAAUUAGAUACGUUUAUUAAUUCAUUUCCUAAGAGACAAUCUCAUUAUAGUAGGUCUGAUAACAAUAAUGUAAGGUAUAUGUCUCCUGAACUUUCAAUUGCUAAAUUAUAUAGAAUGUAUUUGGAAAAAUAUGAACCUGAUGUAUGGGCAGUUUUAAACAGUGAAAAUGAUGAACAAGUGAAACCUAAAUUGAAAUACAACUAUUUUAAUAAUUACUUUAAUACAAAUUUCAACAUUUUAUUUGCUUAUCCCAGAUCUGACACUUGUCAAACCUGUGAUAACUUGAAAAAAAUGAUUGACAAUGAACACAAUGAAGAAGAAAAAGGUAAUCUUGAAGUAGAAAAACAAAUUCAUCUGCGGAAAGCAGAAGUAUUUUACACUUAUUUAAAGCAGUUAUCUGCUGAAGCCAAACAAAAUGAUUCAAUUGAUGUUUUAAGUUUUGAUUUUCAACAGAACAUGCCUCUUCCACACAUUCCAUCAGGAGAUGUCUUUUAUAAAAGAUAUCCUGAGCCCGGACAUAGUUUCCUGCCCUGUGAUAGGUGCUUUGGGCACAUUGAAAAGGUACGGAGAAAAGUAGAAAGAGUAUUUUUGCCAGAUGAAUAUGAAAAAAUGGUUUCAGAAACAAAUAAAAAAUUUAAAGUUGUUCAUGUUGAUCAAAGUAUGAUUUUUGAUUUUACUAGUUAUUUAUCUCCAUUAGCUAAAAAAAUUGUAACCAAUAAAGAGAAAAUAAAAUUUACUAUUAUGACUUACCGAUAUGUCGAAUAUACAAUUAAAGGUAUUUUUUGUAGUACAUCUGGAAAUUCUACUGUUAAAGAAAAAUACACUUUAAAUAAGACUGGUGAAGAACUAACUAUAAAUGAAAAUGGACUAUUAAGAUUGUACAAUGAACCUAUUAAACUGAAACUGUCAAAAUUCAAUGAUGUUACUCAGUUAGCAAACAAAUAUGUGCCUCAAGAAUACCUAUGGUUUUAUAUUGGACUUAGUGCUGCUGAAGAAGUUAAUAUCAAUAAUAAUGAUGGUUCUGACUAUGAAAAUUGAACACAAUACCCAGUUAAUCAUAUUUUGUAAGUUUUUAUACCUACCUAACUAAAUCAAAUUUCAUAAAUGUUAUUAAUUUUUAUGUUUUACAUUUUGAAAUUAAUUGUAUAUUUUUUAUUUUCAUUUUUAUUAGCCUAAUAUUGAACAAUACUGUAUACUUAUUAUACAGUAAUUAACUUAUUAAUAUUAAUACAAAGUAUUACCUAUUAAUACUAUGUUUUAUUAAGUUUUUAUUAUUACUAAGAGUUGAAAUAUUAUGUUUUUUGUUUUUGGUUUGUCAUAUUGUUACUAAGAAAAGUAAUAUACUAUUUUAAAAAUGUUAUAAUAUGUAUUUCAUUUUAUUUUUUAUUGUUAAAUUUUUUAAAAUAUUAUGUUUUUUUAUGUAUUUAGGAAAACAAAAAGUUAUUAUGUUAUUUAUUUUGAUGUUUAAGAUUAAUGUU